CUCCAUAGAUUCCUCCUAUAAAGCAAAGUCGCCCAAUCUUCAUCUACAAAACAAACAUCUACUGCUCUAAUUCUUAUCUUCAUCUUCCUUUCUCUCUUGUGCAUUCUUCGGUGCUUCUAUCUUAUUCACCUCUAAUCAAAGUAUCAACAAUUCUAAACAUGGUGGUGGCGACCGUGGGUUCUAAUAGUCCGAGCAUUGGACAACUGUGUUCGAGUGAAACUGAGUCUGUAAGAGGAACGAUUUCGAGGACAAGUAGUGGUAGCUGCAUCUCGUCCUCGAAAGUGGGGGAACCUUGCAUAUCCUGCACCACUUUCAAUAUUCUGGCUCCGAUUUACAAGAGAAUCGAUCAGCAGAACCAAAGUCUGCGUGAAAGCGAAUAUAGGGCAUUCUGGCUUACCAGGAAUCAGAGGAUCUUGGAUUGGCUGCUUUAUGAAAGAUCUUCCAUUAUAUGUCUCCAGGAAUUCUGGGUUGGUAAUGAAGAACUGGUGCACAUGUACGAGGACAGGCUUGGAGAUGCCGGAUAUAUAACAUUCAAACUUGCUAGAACCAAUAAUCGUGGAGAUGGUUUGCUGACCGCUGUGCAUAAGGACUACUUUAGUGUUCUAAGUCACCAGGAGUUGCACUUUAAUGAUUUCGGAGACCGUGUUGCUCAGCUGUUACAUGUUCAAUCAAUAGCCCCGAUUUUGCAAAAUCGGAGAGGCUGUGCACAACAAGAAAUUCUUAUUGUGAACACACAUUUGUUAUUUCCUCAUGAUUCCAGUCUCUCUAUAGUUAGAUUGCGGCAGGUUUACAAAAUACUAAAAUUUGUAGAAACAUACCAAACGGAAAACAAACUUGACCAUGUUCCUGUCAUACUCUGUGGUGAUUGGAAUGGGAGCAAGCGUGGGCAGGUUUACAAAUUCCUCAGGUCACAGGGAUUUGUAUCAUCAUAUGACAUUGCUCAUCAUUAUACCGACAGUGAUGCUGAUGCUCACAAGUGGGUUAGCCACCGAAAUCAUAGGGGGAACAUCUGCGGUGUGGACUUUAUUUGGCUUCGUAAUCCGGGUAACUCGAGAAAACCAUUAAAGAGAAGUUGGUCUGAAGCAGUUUUUGGCAUAGUAAAGUAUCAACUUCAAAAGGCAUCGUUGGCUGAAAAUGAAGCUUUUUCCUUCUUCAAGGCUGACAAUCACGUUGCUUCUAUAACAUGUUCAGUUUUCUGUAAAGCUCUCCAUCAGGUAAACUUAAUCGGUCUUCCUUAUGGACUGAGUUUCCAGGAGACGAGAGAUCUAUGGGAUCUAGCAGACAUUGAUGGAAAUGGCGCUGUUGAUUGUAAAGAAUUUGAGUGGAAAUUACGGAAUUCUACAUGGUCACAGCAAAGAGAGAAAAAUUGCGUGGAGAGUAUGGACGACUCAAGACAGGGAGCGAACGAAGAAGCUGUUGGUUUUUCAGUGAAGGAAGCAGCUCUAUUCCCUCGUGAAGUUGAGAAAGGAAUAUGGCCUGAGAACUACUCACUCUCAGAUCAUGCUCGGCUGACCGUCGCCUUUUUGCCAGUAAAGAUCCAGUUGUCUCAAUGAGUGUAUAUAUAGUUAUUACCAAAACCACAUUUGUAGAUAGAAAUGUUAGGAAACAAGAAAAAAAAGCAGUCUUGGAAAAUUGUAAAGCUUUGGAACUUAGCAGAUAAUCAUAAUCAUCUGUUAGCAGAUUCAUCAGAAGUUUUGUUUGUCAAGCUCCAGCUGAACUCAUUCCAGGAGUUCACCAUUGUAUGCAGACAGUCUUUUUUAUGCACAUAUGAAUUAUUGAUUCUCAUGGGGUGUAACUGA